AUGGAAGCACAGAAAUCAAUCACAAUUGAAAAUACUGAUGAUUUAGAAACAAUCUCAUCCAGAAUUAAGUCCGAAGGCAUUACAAAGCUUAUUAUCGGUAAUACAAUGCAAUCUUUGCCAAUAUUUGAAGGAUUAAAAAGUAUUAAUUCCCUAGAAAUUCUCUCAGAUCAAAUAAAUUCUAUUCCUAGAGAUGCAUUUGCAAACAAUCAAAACAUACAAACUGUUAUAUUAUCUCAGGGUGUUACGGAAAUAUCUGAAAAUGCAUUUUCUAACUCUUCCAUUUCUCAAAUCAAUCUUGAUCAUAUAAAUUAUAUUAAUAGAAAUGCAUUUUGCAAUUGUAUUAAUCUUGAAUCAGUGAAUUUGCAAAGCAUUCAAUCCCUAGAUGAUGCAUGUUUCUCUAAUACUUCUUUGAUUGAAGUAAAUUUACCAAAAAAUUUUAAAUCACUUCCCUAUUAUGCAUUUUAUAAUUGUGUCAAACUUACCUCUUUUGUUUCAGAUUGUAGUAGUUUUGGUGAUUAUGCGUUUGGUUAUUGCACAUCACUUAAAACAUUUGAAUAUGAUUACCGUUCAAAUUACUAUAUGCCCAGUUCAACAUUAUUAUCAGUUCCUCUGGAGGAGAUUAUUGCAAACUCACGAAUAUUACACAGUUCAUCAAUUCAACAGUUACCACUUAAAAGAUUAAUAUUAUAUAGCUAUGAAGACUACGAUUUUAGCCGUUCUCCAUUAGAUGGAAGUCGACUUUUCCCUGAUCUUCAAACAAUUGAAUACACAAGUGAUUCAAAUUAUAUAUAUCUGAACGAUUUUAAUUUUUCUGAAAUAAUAAUACCAGAUGAUUUAACUGCCAAACUUUACAUUCAUAUUGCAGGCUUUCCCAAUCUUAAGAAGUUACCAAGCAAUAUCGGAAACAUUUUAUAUGUUGGUGACCUUCCAGAAAUCGAAACUGUUGAUCUUUCAAUGUGCACAAAAAUUGGAAGAAAUAGUUUCUUUAACUGUCCGAAACUGAAAACCAUUAUUGGUUGGGGAGACCAUGAAAUGUUUGUUGAGCAAAGCUGUUUUGAACUAUGUCCAUUGAUUGAUAUAAACAUCUGGAAUGACAAUUUGAAGUUUCCAGAAAUAUCAACAUUUUCAGAUAAGCAUUCUCCUUUAGAACAUACGUCCAUUACUGAAUUAACAAUUAAUGCAGCAAGAAUUCCAAAAUUUACAGCAUGUAAAUACUUAAGAAAAGUCACAUUCUUAGAAGAUUCAAAAAUUGAAGGUAUAAAUUCUCAUGCAUUCUACAAGUGUGAAAGUUUAACAGAAGUAACUUUAUGUAGUUCAAUUAAGGUAAUAAAUGAUUAUGCAUUCUCCCAAACAAAUUUAACAUAUAUAAACUUAGAAAAAGUAGAUAGUAUCGGUAUGAAAACAUUUUAUAAAUCAAAAAUCAAAGAACUCAUAAUUAAUUCAAAUAUUUAUGAGAGAAGGGACGAAUUCUGGAGACCAAUAGAUGACAUUUACUUAGUCUAUGAUGGAUUUAUUUACUGCCAUGUACCAUAUUGCGAGAAGGUAACAAUUACACAGAAAGUCACUAAAUUUAAUCCUUCAUAUUAUAAUAAUCCAAAUUUGAAAGAAUUUGUAAUUGUUAAUAAUGAUAAUUUCGUAUCAAUUGACAAAGUCAUCUACACUUCAAAUCGAGAAACACUAUAUGCAUAUCCUGCAGGAUUGGAAGCCAAAGAAUUUACUAUCCCUGAUUAUGUGAAAUUCAUUAAUUAUUAUGCAUUUGCUUUUACAAAUAAUUUGGAGAAAAUCAUAGUCGAUUCAAAUGUCAAAUUGACACCAGGUAUGUUUUCAUAUUGCACAAGUGUUAAAACCAUAGUAAUUAAUAACAAAACGAAUAUUUUCCCAGAUGGUUGUUUUGCAUUCUGCACUAAUUUAACAUCAAUCAAGCUUCCUGAUAAUGUUAUUAUUAAUACAUUGGGUUCACAUUGUUUCCACGGGUGCGCCAGUUUUCAAAGACUUGAUUUCAAUAAUCAACUACGUAUUGUUAAUGAAAGUUGUUUCGAAGAAUGCAACUCACUUGUUGACGUUGAUCUUUCACAGUUACUUAUAAUUCCUCCAUUAUGUUUUAAGAAAUGCGGCCAAAGCAGAAUUGAUUUACAUUUAGGAGAUAAUCUGAAAUUGAUUAGCAUGGAAGCAUUUAUGUGUUCAAAAAUUGUUGAAUUCAAUUGUCCUCCGAACUUGAAGAUCAUAGAUGAUUAUGCUUUUGCAAACUGUACUUCACUUACAAGCUUUAUUUUCAAUGACAAAAUUAUGAAAAUAUGUGAUUGUACAUUUGAAAAUGUCGGUCUUUCUGAAAUUUUAAUUCCGAAUUCACUGAGACAUAUUAAUAGAACAAGUUUCAAAAAUUCAUAUAAUAUAAACUUUAAAUUCAGUGAAGGGGGACAUCCAGUAUAUUACAUUGAAAACAACUGCUUUAUGAACAAAACAGGAGGAUUGAUGUUUUUCUUAAGCGAAAAAGGAAGUUUAUAUGAAAUACUGGAAACUGUCAAAGCAAUUAGUGCUGAUACACUUAUAAAUUCAAAAUAUUAUAGAAUUGUUGUAAAUUCAGAUAAAUCAGAUGGUCGAUUCUUAAAAAUUGAUAGAUUAUUCAACUUAUGUAUAACCACAGCAUCAUAUGCUCCAGGAACAAAGGAGGAUUGUUCCAUGGAUAUUAGCGAUGUUAAUAAUGUUGAUAGAUAUGCGAAGGAAGGAGAGUAUGAACCAACUUAUAAAUUGGAUAAUCGUUUAUAUCUUGGACCGACAUUCUUGCAUAUUUAUGAGCAAAUUACAGAUGCAACUACUUAUGAAAAUGUCAAUCAAUCUCUUCCAUUCUUGGAAGUCAAUGGAUUUAAUUCUACAAUUCAUAUUGUUCUCUUGGCCUUUGUUUCUAUCUUAUCGGUCAUUAUUAUUAUUCUUUCGGUAAUUGCUUUGAAAUUUAUUCAUGAAUAA